UUUUUUCUGCUUAAAAAGGAUGUAUUGUUGACCAACAGAAUCAGAAUCUUCAGUGGAAACCGAUUCUUGGCCAUAGAGAAUUCUAAUCCUAAUUAAUUCUACUUGGGAUUGCCUUUAUGUUUUUAAUCUUGGUGACAGUCAAUAAUCUCCGUAGCAAUGUUAAUUAAUUUUCAUCAUUCAUUUCAUUUGUUGAAGUGCUAGUCAUAGAAUGAAGGUCUAGCCCCAGCAUGAUUCACAGCUCACAAUAUGGACUCGCUGGUGCUGCUGUCGUUAGAGAAUGCUAGAAAUCUAACUGAUUGGGGUAUGUGUAAUGGGGGAUGAAUCAUGUGGAACAAGUCCUAGGGAGCCAUUGUGACAGAGAAUAAGAGGAAAAAUUCAAUUCAACAAGCUACAGGUCAUUGAUUCUUUGAAGGACUGUCUCACUAGUUGCUCUGAUAAAGUCUUAAUUAGCACUGAAAAUAGUUUUUGGGCUGGUGAGAAAAUGUCAAAAUUGUAAAGACGGAUAAGCUAGGUCUUUGUAAAACUGUUUUUACUUUGUAUAAAGUUUGAUUCUUCAGUGAGUUGUAAAAGGAAUCCUUGUUUUAAGUACUUUAGUUACAUGUUUCGGAGGCCUUUCUGCAGACUAACUGGUAUCUUAAUCUAAUUAGGUCUCCAUUUAAAAGUUUUAUAAAAUGGGUAUAAAGUAAUGCUUUUUUCAAAUUAAAUGUAGGAGUUAUUAUAAAAAACAAAAACCAAAAAAAUCCACUAACUAUACCUUCACUAUAGUAAAGUACAAAAUAUCUUUCGAGUUCAAGUAGUAGCUCAAUUACCAGGCACUUUAAAUGUAGGUAGGUUAAUUCAUUGUAGUAAAGGCCAUCAAUUAUUAAGGUUUCUCAGUCAUUGAAAAAAAGGAACUUUAGGAUUGUAAAUUGAAUUGCAAGGUUAUUGUGUGCAAAAAAUCAAUGUCUUAAUUAACAGAAAUAUUGAGUGCCAAGGAUAGGCAUUUGUGAGGGUUGAAAUUAAGCAAAUUGGGGGCAUGAUUUAUAUCUCUGAAGCUAAAUAACACUAGGGGUGUUGUCAAUAUUUACAAGGCAGAGAAACAAUUUUAUUUUUUUGUCAAUAUCCUAGAACACAAAGCUUGGUUAGGGAGAGAGUGGUAAUAAAAUGUUGUUUAUUGAUUAGACCUUUUGACCAGUUCACUUGAAAACAAAAUCAGUGGCUAGGAGAAGGAGAUUUGUUGAAUAUUAAGCACACUUAAUUGUGUUUUAUGUGUACUCAGCAGCUGUCAAGCGGUUUGGUUGUUAUCCAUUACUUAGUGCCUUGUAUUCACCAGAUGUGACAGAAAACAGGAUGACACUUUUCUUUGGUCACCUUUGAAAAGGAAGGGAAAAGUUACAGCAAAGAUUUUUUUUCCGCAUUAAUUAACCUUGGAUUUUCUCUGGGAAAUCAUCUGAUAUUUUUUGGUAACAUUUAUUGUCUGUGCUUUUCCCACCACAAAAGAUGUAAUGGAAGCAAUGUGGUAAUCGCCUGAUGCUACAAAUCGGCAAAUGGCCAUGUCAUGUGGAACUGGAACCCUUCCUCAUAACAACAGGUUUCCUACAGAUAUAUACAGGUAUCUGUAAGUAAAAAAUUCUUCAUGCGCUAUAAAAAUCAGGGAGAUCUCUAUCGAUUUUAAGUGUUGGAUCAAGUGAGUGUCCAGAUAAGAAGAGGUGCAGUGAAUAAGUUAACGUGAUGACAAGUUGGGCUUGUAUUGGUAUGAUUGAGUGGGAUCUAUUGUCAUUGCUGUACAAAGGUGCAGACCUCCCGUGCUCCAUUGUUUUGAAAGCUCUGUUCUUGUGAAUUUCUUGGGUGUUGGUUAUAAUGGGUUCCUAAUCAGCAGUAGUCAUCUAAAGCUAGAUGGAACUUGGUGAUGACUUUGACACAUUGCAUUGAUCAUAUGAAGCAUUACAGUUCAGGCCCUAUUAAUGUCAUCGUAUAUUUCGUUUCUCACUUUUUCAAAAAUUGAAUUUUUCUUUUUGAUUUUGAAAUACUGAUACAGAUUCACUAAUGAAAUAAUCCUGGCACAGAGACUCUUCUAAUCUCGUUUUCAUUACAUAUAUGUGAUUAAUGUUAUGUGACUUUGGCUAUAACUAGUACAAACAGGUUAUCCAAGAUUAAAAAGUACUCUAUGGAUCAGUAAAUGUAUAUAUCGUAGAUUUAAUACCUGCACAGUCUGACAAACUUACUAUCAGGCUAAUUGUCUGUCACUGACUGACCGAUGUUUACAAAUAUUGAAAGGGUCAGGGGAAAAUACUGGGUAUUGUAUGUAGACCGUAUUACUCAGUAGCAUUUGUGUAUUUUACAAACUGUUUGUUGAGUGUGUGACGCACAUUGGUACAAUUUUUGUGACCCAAACACAUUCAUAAAUUGAAAUUAAUUUCUACCCCCAAUCUGGUAUUGAGUUUAGAGGGUUUAACAAAUAUUUAAAUCUUUUGUGUGAGAUGUUUAUCGAGACAUUCUUCUGAAUGAUACACGUUUAAUUGGCCAUUGUCACCGUAGGUUUUUUUGGGGGAUUGGCAGAUUCUCAUGGUUGUUAGGGAAUAGAUUUAUUUACAAGUCCUCGCAAUCAUAGGUAAAAUUAUGGGUAUGUACAUAAGUAAUGGAGGCAGCUGGUGAUAAUGAUGGAUUGUGGGGUAGAAUCUGCCGUCCAUUUUCAGAGAAAUUUUGAGAUAUGGGACAUGUACCAAUAUGAUGCACUGGUAAUUCAUGGAAAUUUAUAGAGAGAGAGUAUAACAGUAAGUUGUGAAGGACAAUAAAAAUCGGGAAAUUUCAUGUCAAUUCUCCAUUCAGUAGUUUAGGUGGAAAUUGGAUCUAAAAAGGUGCUAAUGCUGGGAAGAGUCAGGUGGGUCAUAUCACCUGCCUAUCUUAAUUAUUCACAGGGACAAACUCACUGGAGCUCAAAUCUGAUUGGCUGGUGUUGUGCUGUAUUACAAAAAUGAUUAAUCAAAGAGAACAUCAAAAAAUUAGGGAAUAUGAUGCAGAGUGUGCUUACAUUGUGUGGAUUAAUGGAGAAUCAAUCUGUUGAUAGCAUUUCUGGCACUUUCUUCCCCUGACCUUGGUUUAAAGAUGUCAUUCACCUGAAAUUUGGCCAUAAUUCACCACUGAUAGGAUAAACAGUUCUGAUAACAUUCUAGAUAUCCAUGCUUUCAAAUCAGGCUCCAUCCAUGUGGAAAUGCUAUGGAUUUCCCCAUCCAAGUGAAGGUACAGUAAGAAUUGAUUAAGUGCUAGGGAGUAUCUUUUCUGUAAUGGAUGUUUGUUUAUUUUACUGGGAUAUUAAGAUUGGCAUGAAAAUACAUUUUAAAAAAAUUCCUCAUUUUUUUAAAAAGGCAUUUGUAACAGAAUUGGAACUGAGAAUGUAUAUAUACACACAUGGGUUGUAUGUUGGUGUUUAUGUUUUGAUUUUUUUUUUAAAUUCUAGCACACAUACAUAUAUGUUAAAUUGGAAUUUAUAACGUUGUUGUUUUGAUAUCCUUGUUCAAUUGUGUUUAUGAUCAUUUUGGUACUUUUGAUAGAUGUGUACAUACCAUAAACUUUACACAUAGAUUGCAGGUUGUCACACCAAGCAAACAGCUUUAAUAGCCUUGAUCUGUCUGCACUGAUUAUAAUAUAUAGCUUGGAGGUGCUGUCUGUCCAUUAAUGUUCUCUUAAAAGCUUUCAGUUUUCAGGAAAAUCUUGUUUAAUAUGACCCAGGGAACAAUAAGAAUAUUGAUUUUAGAUAAUACUUCGAUGUCAUAAAUAUUGAUUUGGGUUGUGGUCUAAAAUGGGCUUGUGAAUGGGGGAAAAUUAAAAGUUUAACACACAAAGUUACCUGGAUUUUAUGAAGAUUGCAAGAGUUGUCUCCCUCUACACAGAGUAUUCCAAACUGCCAUAAUGAUUUUCAAGAUUCAGUGUUUUGAUAAAUCAUAUUAUCAGAAGAUUCCAUUGGUUUUCAGAAUUUGAUUUUACUGGAUCAUUUAUUCAGUUGGCUAAUUGAUGAGGAAAAGUGUAUUAUUUGUGCAAGAUCAUUUUGAGAAAUAAAGUAUACUUCCAGGGUUUUAUCCAGCUUUUAGAUGUUCACUACCCAUUUCAUAUUUAAGGUAGUACUCUACAUCGUCAUAAUGGCUGACUUCCUUUAAAAACAUAGAUGAAAAAAUCGAUAUCAGCAAUAUUUGACUUUUCCUUUUCCAGUUAGAUACCUAGCCGAGUAGCUCAGUAGGUUAGAAUACCGACUGCUGACCUGUAGGUCGCAGGUUCGAGUCCAGCAGGGGUUUUAAAUUUUUUUCAGAUUACCUUCUACUAAAACUGUAUUUUUUGACAAAAUAAAGUAAAUUUGAAAAUUUUCAACUUCAAAACAUUUUUGUACAUAUCCUCCACUUUUCAUCUACAUCAAAUUUCUCUGGUGUAGCACACCUCCUUAAGGGGAAUUGAUGAGAAUGCAGUCAUGAGCUUCCAGGAGAGGCAAAUGGGGGUGCAGGCACCUUCAGAUUAUUUAAAAAAUAUCUCAAAAUAGGCCUAUGAAUUGAUUGAUUACUCACGAUUAUUUACACCGUGUAAUAUAAUUUUGACAAUUCUAGAAUAUAUAAAAAUUAUUUUUGUUAAAAUUCUCAUAUAAUUUGUUUAGUUUCUACAACUGAAGGGAAAUUUUUACCUGUGGAAGGGGAAAUAUUCAUUUGUUCAGUUGUCAAAGGGGGAAAGAUACUCUUUACUGUUAGUAAAAAAUAACCUAGAUAAAUCAUAUUAAUUAUUUCUCAUGGUUAACUAAAGAUGGAUUUCAUAAAAUUGGCAGUUAUUGACAGAACAAAAAAGUAAAUUAAACAUGAUUUCCUUUUUUGAAAUUAGAUUUGUUAAAAGGAGCAUUAUUUUAAAUUUUACAUAAUAUCAUAGAGGUCAUUCUAUAAUUUGUCAAUACUACAUGCUGGCCAUUUGAGGUGAUCAAAGUCGUCUGCUAUUGUGAUUAGGAUAUUUUAAUUCUUCCUUUAUAUAAACUGUAACAAGGCUUUUUAAGAACCACAAUAACUAAGUGCUGGUAAUCCUCUUCAUUCAAAGAGAUGUAAGGCAGAUAUUUUCUUCCCACCUGGGGGCAGGUAGAUUCACGCUUGAUUGAGUAGAUUUGUUAGAUGUCAGCCAUCUUGGAAUUCUGAGGUCAUACCAAAAAUAGCUUGAUACAUAAGUGGGCAUGAGAUAAAAAAGGAAAACAUUCCAUGUUAGAAGGAAUUAUUCAUAAGUGGAAGAAAAUCAGUGUUCAGAAGGGGGAGGCCUUAAGAAAUCACCCUUGUGUACAGGAAGCUUUUGUCAGCGACUUCAGUUACCUGUUGAUUAUUUUUACCUGUGAGAGUAUAAAUGAAUCAUGUUUGAUGAAAGAACAUGGCUUCACGUUUCUCUUAUGAUAGUGCUGAAGAAGACUGGGAUAUUAGGAGUCUUCAGUUUGUAAAUUCACAACUGGAAAAGUAUCUCAACAUGCUGCCAGGAGGAGUUGAUCUAACUCUGUCUGAGCUUCAGGACAUGGCUGCUAGGCAACAGCAGCAAAUAGAGCACCAGCAACAAAUUCUGGUGGCUAAGGAACAACGACUGAAGUACCUGAAGCAACAGGACCAGAGGCAGCAGAACGUUAUUGCCGAGGGUGACCGGCUCAAGAAACUAAGGGACCGAGUGGAAUCGCAGGAAAUGAAGCUCAAAAAGCUCCGCGCCCUGCGUGGGGAGGUGGACAAGCACAGGAACACCAAUGGCACACUCAACACAGAGUUGGAGAGUGUGAAAGCAUUGUUUACAGAGAAGGAAAAGGAGCUGGUGAUGGCUGUAGCAAAGGUUGAGGAAAUGACACGACAGCUCGAAACCAUCCGCCAGGACCGAGCCAGCACCAAGAAUGGAUCUCAGAAUCCAGCAGCUGCUGAACUGGAGAAACUACGGAAAGAAUUGAUGAUAAGGAACAAGCUAAAUGAACAACAGAAUUCAAAAUUGAACAAGCAUAGAGAAAUGUUAAAUCAACGCAAGGAGGAAAUCUCUAAGAUGGACAAUCGCAUUCAUGAGCUGCAGGAGAGAUUGAAGAAGAAACGUGCACAGCAAUCAGAACAGAGGAAAAACUUGGACAAUAAUAAAAAACUGGAUGCCAAUCACAACCUUCGUCCCAGUAAUGUGGCUCAAGUGGAACCGUACAUACAGUUCAGAAAAUCUCCAGAUGCCAUUCAGCAUGAGGCAGAUCUCAAAUCAAACUUUGCAAAACAAGAUCCGAAGUAUCAGACUUUACCACCCAACACAAAACUAAUUUCUCCAAACAAAAACCAUACAGAUAAGGAAGAAAAUAACAACAGCUUACAUAAUAAACAGGAGCCUAAACCUCCUGAGAGACCGCCAAGACUGGAUAAUGGAAAUAAUGGUGGAGCAGUGACAACUUCACAAGUCUCAGAAUCGGUAAUUAAAGCAGCUCAGCGAUAUCAACCACCUGUUCCUUCAUCUGCUGGACAAUCUGUAAAACCACCUCCACCCCCAAGGUCAGCCAACACCGGCCUGACCUACUUCACACCACGACCUUAUGGAUCAACAUUCAGUACCUCAGUAUUAACAAAUAGGGCACAAAAUCAGGGUCUCAACAAUGGGCCAACAAUUAAUGUUCAGGAGGAGAUACGCCAAGGGGGGAGUGGGCAAAGUUCACCGGCAUCCAGUGAAGGCUCGCAAAGUGGUAAACCGAAUGAUCAUACCAAAAAUUCUCAUAAUACCUCACACAGUAAUGGUGCUCCUACCUCUCGCAGACUUCCUCCUCCCCCUCCUCCACCGUCAAAUACCAAAGACACUCCCCCACAGCCAAAGAUGAGUGAGGAUCAAACAGACUCUUCUAGGCCUCUGAGGAAGCCACCAGAGCAAGUUAUGGAUUCUAAUUUGAAAACUACAAAUGUGAAUGGUGGUAAUGUGAAUUCUGUGAAGUCAUUGGAGAACAAUGGUGCUAAUAAUCCCGUUAAAACUAUCAAUUUCGCAUCUAAAAAUCAGAUAGCUAAUACAUACAUGGGACGAUUAAGGCCAGAUGCUUUACAGAAAUAUCAGAAAAAUAUGGACAUGCUUUACAAAAAUCUUGCUAGAGGAAAUGAAGCAGACCAGAAGCGUGAGAGUUCUGAAAGUGAUGUAAAUAGGGCACAGAGUGGUCAGAUGCCUCAAAUCUCUGAACCACCACCCCAGAAUACCCAUACCCAUGAUCAUGUUCAUUCUUUUAACCCAACACCUCACCAAUACCCUGAUUUGACAUCUGACAAAAUCAGUCACAACCGCCCUGCAAAGAAAAUUCACCGUCGCCCCUCUGACAGUAGUGAUAGUGAAGAAAUGGUGAGACUCUUACAUAAACAUGUGGACAGACACGAUAAAAACCAUAUUCUCAACAACACGCAGGCUACCUCUUUCAUAGGGGGUGUCCCGGAAGAUGUUCCUGUAGACAGCAUGGGAAAUCUUGUGGAUGAUUUGGGUAGAGGUGAGGAUAAAAAUGACCAAGCUCUGAGUUCCCCCGAGGUGGUGAAUACUAAUGUGGUGCCGAGGAAAAAGACCAAUUUACGAUCCCAUCAUUCUAAGAGCUCAGGCAACAGAGUCAGCUUUGACCCCCUCGCUCUUCUACUGGAUGCCUCUUUGGAGGGCGAGGUAGAAAUGGUCAAAAGAUGUGCCUCACAGGUUGCAAACGUGAGUGAGCCCAAUGACGAAGGAAUCACUGCAUUGCACAAUGCUAUCUGUGCUGGCCAUUAUGACAUUGUCACAUUUCUGGUAGAAUUUGGUUGUGAUGUCAAUUCCCCUGACAGUGAUGGCUGGACACCUCUGCAUUGUGCAGCUUCCUGUAAUAACAUACAAAUGGUAAUAUUCCUCGUGGAACACGGAGCCUGUAUAUUUGCCACAACGAUCAGUGACCACGAGACGGCGGCGGAGAAAUGUGAGGAGGACGAGGAUGGUUUUGAUGGUUGUUCAGAGUACCUUUACAGUAUUCAGGAGAAGCUGGGUAUUUUAAAUGGAGGUGUGGUCUAUGCAGUUUUUGAUUAUGAUGCCAAAAAUGAGGAUGAACUCAGUUUUAAUUUGAAUGACGAGAUCACAGUUCUGAGGAAGGGUGACGAUGUGGAGAAGGAGUGGUGGUGGUCUCGUGUGGGUGAUAAAGAAGGCUACAUUCCCAGAAACCUGCUAGGGCUAUAUCCCAGAGUGUUACCUAAACUAAAAAUGGAGGAGAGCUAGAAUAGACACUCGGGUACCCCGAUGCCUGGAUGAAGUGCUAAGUUCUGACACGACAGUAUAUAUGAUGCCCCACUCCGAGCUACAGAAACGGCCAGAGAAGACAGCACAGAUCUCUGUACAGCAUCCACAAGCUACUGCAAUAAGAUGGAAGUGCUAUAUAUGAAAAGCCCACUCAUCAUAGAUCUGAUUAUUUUAUAUGUUAACUGUUGAAAAAUGAACCAAUGAAUUUACAAGAUUAUAUGUAUAUAUUUUUAAGUCACUGAAAAUCAUUUUUCCCCCAAAAAGAACAUGAUUCAGACAUGUAUUUAUCAUUCUAUCAAGAUAAUCUGUGCCAAAUGACCUUGAAAAUUAUUGAACAAAUUUUAAAGAGGUAUGUGUGUGACACAAGGAUUUUAAUACCAGUUUAUUUUUUUCCGUCAGACUUUUGAACAAAUGCAUGAAUGUAAAAUUUAAAGUCAUAUCAUUUGUCAGUUACUUGAAGCAAUCCUUUUAGGAUCCCCUGUCAUGCUGUGUGAAUGUUCAUUAGAGCUGGGUAGGGCAAGAAAGUGCAAUAUCAAUUCGCAUAUUAUAAUGGUUUUAGAUGGAGUCCCUUGUGUAAAAUCUUGAUAAAAGUAGCAUUCUAAUAUGUAUUUUAAAUUUUUAGUGCAAACUGUAUAUUACCCAUAUUUUCAUGUUCUACUGAAGCCAUAUUUAUUGAUGUUCAUAAAUCGUAAGUAGAUUGUUUCAGAAAUGUCUGCAGUAUAUAAGGACAGUUGGGGAACUGUGUGUAGGUGUCUUGUAAUGUAACCAAGUUUGUGAACAGGUUGUGGUUGCUGACACAGAAAGACACACUAAAUUUCAGUAUACUAGUAAUCAGAUAAGGAUUUUCUUUUUUGUAGCAGUUCUUCAGUCUGUUCAUUCAUGGUUAUAAGAAUGUAUGCAUGUUUUAGUCAUAAUCUGUUUUGUUGUAUGUGAAUUUGUUGUAAUAUGUGUAAAUGUUGAAAUGUGUACAGUUUUUUCAUUAUUUAUAUACAUAGAUUAUAUUGUUUUACAUUUUUAUCAUCUGUCAUCUUUCAUAUAUAUCUUGGCAAUCUAUGCAAUGUUUUUUACAUGAAUUAUCAUGGUGAAAAAAUAAUAAAUUUGAAGCCAAGGAAAUAAACAUUUUUAACUGGACCUGAA